UUUUUUUAAAAGAUAUACAUUUUUUUUAUGUUCGUUUUAUUUAUUAUAUGUAACAUGUUCAUCCAACAAUAAUAAUAACAAUAAUAAUAAUAAUAAUAGAAACAACAAUAAUAAUAACAAUAAUAAUAGCAAUAACAAUAACAGUAAUAAUGGCAAUAAUGUUAUACUCAAUGAUGCUAUGAAAAAUAUGCCUGGUGCAGGCUCUUUAAAUAAUAUGGAAGACCUUUUAUCUUAUAUGAAAGAACACUCAAAUAAGAAAUUUGAUAAUCAUAUGGAACUAUAUAAUAAUUUAAUGAAUGAAAAUAAUAAAAUAGGUAAGAAUGAUGUAUAUAUGCAAAAAUUGAUGGAUAUUUUAAAACAAUAUAAUAAUUUAAAUAAGAAUAAUAAUGUACCAUCAGGUAAUAAUCCAAAUGAUCCAAAAACUAACCAUGCAAAUAAUAUUAUUGAUAAUUUGAAUGAAGAGAAUUAUAUGGAAAAAAUUGAAAAGUUAUUAACAAAUAUGAACAAUCCAUCGAAAAAUAAUAGUAAUAAUAAUAAUAAUAGUAAUAAUAAUAAUAAUAAUAAUAAUAAUAAUAAUAAUAAUAAUAAUAAUAAUAAUAAUAAUAAUAGUAAUAAUAAUAAUAGUGCAAAGACAGCAAAUCCAAUGGAGCAAUUAACCAAUUUAUUUUCUCACAUAAAUGAUAAUGCCCAUCAUGACGAAAAGGGGGAUAGUCAUCCAUUAGAACAUAUAAUGAACCUUCUUGGUCAUGGACAUCAUGAUGGUGAUAAUAAAGGAGGAGGCAACCCACUCCAACAGUUAGCAUCCCUACUUAGUCAUGAACAUCAUGAUGAUGAUGGCAAGGGGGAGAAUAACGCAAUGGAAUAUUUAAAAAAGAUAUUUGGUAAUUUACAAGGUAAUAAUCCGAAUGGUAUUAAUGGAAAGAAUAUGGGAAACCUUCAGUCCAUUUUAAACAAUUUAUUGAAUAGUGAACAAUAUAAAAAGUCUCCAUAUACAUUAGAUAAAACAGUAAGUAGCGGUUUUGGAUCUCGUUCAAAAGAAUCUAUGUUAUUAGAAUAUCAGCAUAAUAAAAGUGAACAAGAUAUAUUAAGAGAAUUACAAGAGUUGAUAAAUAAGAAUAAAAUUAAGAAUGUGAGUGAGAAUAAUGAGAAAUUAAAACAAUAUUUUUCUAUGUUAAAAGGAAAAUAUAAUCCAUAUUCUUAUGAAAGAAAAAUAUUGAAUGAUAUAAUAAAUGAAGAUGAUAUAAAGACAAAAUAUAAUAUUGAUGAUAAUUUUGAAAAGAAUUUAAUAGUAAAUGUACAAAAUGAUAAUAUGGAAUAUGAUGUUGAAAUAAAUAAUGAAGAAAAAGAAAAGAAAACGGAAAUGUUUGAAGAUAUAAAUGAAUUAGAUGAUAAAGAUGCAUUAAGUAGUGGAUCUCUUAAUAGUAGUUUAAUGAGAAAAAAUAAAACUGAGAAUGAAAAAUUAUUAAGAGGUCUUACAACAAAUAUAAAUGAUGAUAAUGAUAAUUUACAUGAAUGUAAUUGUAAUAAUAAAUUAAAUAAUUGUGUAUUAUCAUAUAUAAAUUAUAAUAAUUUAGAAUAUAUGUUACAAAGUUUAGAUAUAGAUGUAAAAGGUUUAGUAAGAAAACAUAUGUUAUUAAAUAAUAAUAGUAAUGAUAAUAAUAAUUUAAUUUUUGAAAAAAAUGAAUCAUUUCUUUUACCUUUACCACCAUUAACAACCAAAUCAAAUGUUCAAAAUACAUCAAAUUAUAUAUUAAGAGUACCCCGUGUUUUAUUUUUAGCUAGUCGAAAAUCAUUUUCCUCUUCAUUUGAUAGAUCAUUAUUUCAUAUAUAUAAUAUAAUGGAUACUCAAUUAAAAUGGAAUACAUAUUUAUGGGGUUAUGGUUUUAAAUACUAUCCAAUAUUUUUCCCAAAAAAUUUACAUACUUUAUUACAUAACCAUGAAAAACAAAUAGGUAGUGAGCCUUUUGAUCUUAUAUUUGUUCAUUCAAGUUUUGUAUCAAAUUAUUAUAACUAUUAUUUCUUUUUGAAGAAUAUGCCUAAAAUUACAACACUUAUUUUUAUGAAUGAUGGUUGGGAUAAUAAUGUAAAGAAUAUUUUUUUGAAUUUAUUUCCUCAUAUAUUUUUUCAAAACCAAGUAAACAUUUUUGAAUUUAAUCCUUUAAAUAACAUAGAUACAGUAGCUGAGAAAAAAAAAUUAUUUCAUAGUUUAUGGAAUAAAGUAACUAGUAGUACAUCUUCUUCAAGUAGUAGUAUGCAUGACCAUGUAAUUAAAAAUAAGCAUAAAAAAAGGAAAAAAAUGGAAACGAAGUCAAAUAAUGAGGAUGAUGUGGUAAUACCUGGUGACAGUUCUUCUUCUCCACCUAACAACAACAAUAAUAAUAAUAUUAAUAAAUAUGAUGAAGAGGAUGAUGAAGAAAAUAAAACAUUGUGGGCAUUUUUACCACAUGGGGUAAAUCAUUGUUGUUCUAGUCAUUAUAAUAAAUCAUUUAUUAUGAAAGGUACCACUGAUGAUGAUAAUAAUAAUAAUAAUAAUGAGGAGAAGGAGGGGGAAAUGUUACAAACUGUUGUGAAUCCUACCUUUUAUUAUGAUCGUGCGAGAAAGUUAGAAAAUCAACAUACACCAGCUUAUGAACUAAGUUAUUCAUUAUUAGAUUUAUUUUUACCUGAAUGCAGUUUUAAUGAAAAGUAUAUUUUUAAUAAUAUCAAAAGAGAUAUUGAUAUAUUAUACUUAUAUAGUACAUCGAAUAAUUAUAAUGAUUAUCUUGUUCAGAAGAUUAUGGAUUAUAUAUAUAAUAAUAAUAUGAAUAAUUUAAAAGAUAGAAUUCAAAAAUACGAAGUAGAUUUAAAUUAUUGGAAAUUAUGGGGAUUACAAACAACACAUAAACUUAUAAAAAAUAAAAUGAUUGAUUUUACAAACAUGUUACAAAGAAGUAAAGUAUGUAUUAUAAGUUCUAAAUUUGCAGGGAUGUUGAAUAAAAUGGUUAUUGAUGCUUUGUUCCAUGGUUGUGUUGUUAUAUCAGAUAAAACACAUAAUAAAGAUAUAAAUAAAUUUAUAGUUACAACAAAAAUACCUUUUGAAUAUUAUGAAAUAUCAGAUCUUAUAUAUAAUAAAGAAAAUAUGACCUCAUUAGCAAAUGAUCUUAUUGAUAAAAUUAAUACUACAUUAGAAGAAGUUAAUAGUGGAAAAAGAAAUCAAAUGAGAAUCGAUGCAUUCAAAACCAUCUUAAAUACAUAUACAUAUAGUGCUGUUAUAUUAAAUUGGAUUAUACCAUCUAUUUAUUUUCAUUAUAAUAAAGAAAAAUAUGAAAUUAAAAAUAAUUAUUUUGUUCUUCCACAAUAUUUUGAAAAAAUUAUAUCCAAAAGUUUAAAAAUUACAAGUGCAAAAAGAGAAAAAAUUAUUGCAAAUAUUGAUUUGUCAUUACAAGAAGAUCUUGUUAUGAAUAAUAAUGAAGUCGUAGCAUGGUGUAUUAUAUGGUUUUUAAUAUUUUCAAUAAUACUUUUCUAUAUGCUAAAAAAUAGUAGUCUUGUCACAUUCUUGUUCAGACAACAUAAAUUACAUAGAUAG